AUGUCCUCUCACCCCAAACCUCGGAGAUCCCAAUCCCCCCAGCAUUCACCUCGCGAAAGCAAGCGCCGAAAGCGCAAAACCCUCUCAUGCUACGAUUGUCGUCGGCGCAAACUCAAAUGUGAUCGGGAGUUGCCGGCAUGUACUCGGUGCCGAAACGCCGGGCAAGCGCAUUCCUGCUCCUACGAUGAGCCCGCAGAUGUGCUAAGACAUCCCUCACCGACAUCCACGUGUUAUACGCCUGUGAACCAGGAAGCGGUGGGACAGGUGGCUCGAUUGCCUGCAGCACGUGCCUCGGGGUUAGCUUCGUCUUCAUUAGAGGCGACUCCGAAUGCAGGGACGUGGCAGUUACUUGGGGCGACGUCGAGUGCGACGGGGACGAAUGAACAGCGGCCGGCUAUUCGUUCGGGGGUGGAGAAAAUCGUGCAGGUUGUUCCUCGCAAUGAGCAGGGCGGGGCUGGGGAAACUGAGGUGACGAUUUUCCGGGGCCAGAAUUUCAUGACGCAGUAUUAUGGGAGUAGUAAUCCCAUUAGUCUGAUUUCUCAUUUCCAGGAACUGCGCACGUUUAUGAAAGAGACGAUCAUGCAGCGGACUUCACUGCCGACUCUUCAGCGCGAAUUGAAAGCAUUGCAGGCGAAGUGGAAAACGGCUCGGACUGAAUUAGUGCCGAAAUCCGAGUGGGAGCUUUUUGGGCUUCUUCCGGAUCAGGCCACGAUUGAUGAGCAUGUUAGGGUAUAUUUCGAGACGUUUGAGUCGUUGUAUCGCAUACUGCAUUACCCGAGCUUUGCAAAAGAGUAUGAGACGUUUCGCGAGGAUUGGAGGACUGCGAAGCCGGCGUUUGUGGUGCUGUUGUUGCUGAUUAUGGCGUCGGUGAGUUGUAUCUCUGACGAUGGGCAGACGCAAUAUAUUGGGGAGAGCUCAAUGGGUCGAGAGCGUGCGGCAUUGUGGAUCGAGGCUUCCGAAUGGUGGCUGUCUUGUCAGAGCCAGAAGCAUGUGUAUUUGGCUAUAUGGCAGAUUCGAUGUCUGUUGGUGUUGGCCAAACAGGUGAAUGCCGUGAAGAAGAAGCAGGCGUGGACUGGGGCAGGGACGCUGGUUCGAACGGCCAUGUCGGCUGGAUUCCAUCGUGAUCCCAAGAUGUUGGGGGAAAGAGUUUCUGCGUUUGAUCAGGAGAUGCGACAACGGUUAUGGGCUACGAUGCUGGAAUUGGAACUCCAGGCUUCGACAGAGCGGGGCAUGCCUUCUUCAAUGACGGGCAUCACGUCCGACAGCAGCACGCCGCUUAAUAUUGACGACGAGGAAUUGUUGGUGGAGGGGGUGUUACUGCCCGAGUCGAAGCCGUGGGGAAAGUACACCAAGUGCUCGUUUCUACACAUUUCAGCAGCUACGUUCUCGCUUCGGACUUCCAUCAACUCAAAGGUUAAUGACAUCGGAUCUCGAUGGACAUAUGAUGAUGUUAUGGAUGAAGAAGAAAAGAUCACGAAUGAGCUCCGGAGACUCCCAAAAUGGGAUGAUCACGGAUCCUCUGAAAUGGCUAGAACUCUCCUCGAAAUCCAGCUGCGUCAUUGCCUGAUCAUGUUUCAUGCACCGUUUGCGAGGCAAACUGAUAGUAAUCCACGUCACACAUUGUCGAAGAUGGUGUGUUUCAAUGCCGCCUGUGAGAUCAUUGAGAGGCACUAUCAGCUGAGCAAAUCGGGCAAUCAUGCCCUUCUUCUUCUGCGGGUUGAUCACUUUAGGGCAGCGUUGAUGAUUUGCCAUAAUUUAUAUAUCUCAGCUACGAUUCAGAACAACCUCCUCGGUUCCAACAGUAACACCCUUCUUCAAUACGUCAACAGCGCCCUUGACCUGCUCUCCCAGAGAAUAACACGCCUUGGUACAGGCUACACCCACUACUGGUACAUCUCCGCAGCGUAUACCUUCCUUCAAUUGGUUCUUUCCCCCACAGACCAAUCUGGACGGAAAGAGGAAGCCAUCGAGCGAGUGGUCAGGCAAUACCACCGGAUCCUAGCACACCAGGAAGAUUUACACAAGGCGAAGGAAGUUCUAUUUCCCUUGCGUUUAGAUCAGAUGGCGGCACCAGAUGACUGGGGACAAACGGCGACUGACAUGGCAAAUGCGUCGUUUAUCGAUCCAAAUAUAAGUCAGGAUGGCUUUGAAAACCCUGAGUUAUCCUUGGGAGAGUUUUUCUUUGGCAACCCAUCCGCAUGGACGUUCGAUAACCUGUGGUCGCUUGAAUAG